AUGGAUCAAAUCUUAAAAGAUAGCUCCUUUGCAGGAGAGGGUACACCGCCAGAGACAUCGGAAUUGGAUAUCACUAUAGAUCGACUGAGAAAAGACAGAUUCCUGGUGAAAGACAAAGAAAUGUUGCAGAAACUUGAACAGUUAGUUUUGGAUGAAUAUCAGAGUAAGCAAGCACAAUCUCGUGGUACCCAAACUUUCGGUGGGCGAUUCCAGACUCCAAUGGAUGAUUUGAUGUGGAAUGAACAAAUGAAAUAUACGAAACGUUCACUCGAAACCUUGAUGAGCAACAAGUCGAAAACUACAAGAAAAUCGGGAAAAAGCAUUGCCGACUAUUUUGACGCAAAUGCUACAUAUGAUACUUUGUCAUCGGAAAUCAAAGACCGUUUCACGACACUCAACCUCAAACUUAUCAAGCAGACCCCAGAAGAUUUUAAAAUCUGGGUUGACUGCAAGCAUUUCAGGCCUAACGAAAUAAAGGUGGUAGUCAAGGACGGUUGUGUCGUCGUUCAUGCCCAGCAUGAUGUGAAACUUGAUGAGCAUGGCUUAAUCAAGCGUGAAUUCAAACACUGUUGGACACUCCCAGAGGAAGUGAAGUCUGAGAAACUUAGCUGUCUUCUCGACAAAUAUGGUAUCUUAACCAUACGAGCACCUUGUAAACCAACCUCUAUUAUUGUUCCUGUGCAAACUGAAAAACCUCGGAGCCUGGAAUCGUAUGACAUUGAAACCACAUAUGAGUAA